AUCGUUCCUGAACGACCCACCGCCCCAGGAAGAUCGUGUGACGAGGAAGUGAGGAAGAUUGUAUCGAUGACUUAUUUAGGAAAAUGACGGACCGAAUGCCUCCUCAGGUCACCCUUUUACUUGUGGGUGCAGGACUUGCUGCUCUGGGUGCAACAUACUGGCAUUUCUAUUGGAGGAAGGAAGUCUGUUAUGGGAGCUGGACCAGUCUCAAUAAAACUGGACUGAAGUGUGACCUAAAAAACAAGCUUUUUGGGCAACACAUUGUUGCUAAGGUCAUCCUGAAAGCCGUCACAGGCUUCAUGAACAACAAAAACCCAAAGAAACCGCUGGUUCUGUCGCUCCACGGAUGGACCGGGACCGGGAAGAACUACGUGAGCCAACUUAUAGCGGAAAAUAUUUACCAGAAAGGGAUGAAGAGCAACUUCGUUCAUCUGUUUACAGCAACAACACACUUUCCUCACGAGGCUCACAUUGACAAGUACAAGACGCAGUUAGUGGAGUGGAUACGAGGGAAUGUUUCUAUUUGUCCUCGUUCGAUGUUCAUCUUUGAUGAAAUGGAUAAAAUGCAUCCCGAGCUGAUGGACAGUAUUAAACCUUACCUGGACUUCUAUGACAACCUGAAUGGAGUCUCUUAUAGACAGGCCAUCUUCAUCUUCCUCAGCAACACCGGGGGUGAGAAGAUCGUCGAGGUAGCUCUGGAUUUCUGGAGGGAUGGUAGAGAACGAGAGGAGAUCCAGCUGAAGGAUAUAGAGAUGGCACUUUCCCUCUCCGUCUUCAACAACAAAAGCAGUGGAUUCUGGCACACAAGCUUAAUCGAUAAGAACCUGGUGGAUUUCUUUGUGCCGUUCCUUCCUCUGGAGUACAAGCACGUCAUUCAGUGUGGUUUGGCUGAGAUGGCCAGAAAGGGUCAUGUCAAAAAUAAAAAGGUGGUUGUAAAGAUGGCCCGUGACCUGAACUACUUCCCUAAGGAAGAGAAGCGUAUCUUCUCCGUGCAGGGCUGCAAGGUAAUUUCCAGCAGACUGGACUUCUAUAUUUAAAGAGUAACUAAACUCUAAACCAACUUUUUUUAGUUAGUGAUCUUUAAGAAUGGGGCUUUAUUAGUGCUGUUCAUUGAUUCGAGUAACUUUUUUGACAUUUGAGUAUAAAGUGUUUUAA